CCACGGUACUAUAGCAGUCAGCUUGUCACCUUUCUCUGCGAAAAUCCAUCUCUCUCGUUUUUCUCUUUUGAAUUCCUGUCAAAAUCGUCGAAAAUUCCCUAAAUCCAAACAUCACGGGUGAGAUUCCAUUAAAUACCCUGUUUUCAAAUGCUGGGUUAGAGUUAGGGUGUCGUUGUUUUCGUGAUUUUUGAUCUGGGUUAAAAUUUGCGGCACAUUGAAUUGUAACAAUGGGACAAAGCUCGAAGAAGAAAAAGCGUCGGAAUAAAGGAAGAGCUGCUACUAAGGAUCAUGCGUUGCAGUCUGCUGAUUACAGUGAGCUCAUCUCUGAAGAGUUAACUGCUUUGUCUGCAAUAUUUCAAGAAGAUUGUCAAAUAGUUUCAGAGUCUCAUCCACAAGUCAGUAUUAAUAUCAGGCCUUACUCAAAGGAUUCAGGAUAUGAGAAUAUGGAUAUUUCUGUACAUUUACUUGUGCGGUGCUUACCAGGGUAUCCCUACAAGUGCCCCAAAGUGCAGUUAACUUCGGAGAAAGGUCUAUCUGAAAGUGAUGCUGAUAGGCUUCUGACUCUCCUUCACGAGCAGGCAAAUUCUAAUGCUCGAGAAGGACGUGUGAUGAUUUUUAAUUUGGUGGAAGCUGCUCAGGAGUUUCUCUCUGCAGUUGUUCCUAUGCCCCCUUUGCAUACUCAGGCAGUGUCUUUAGAUGGGGAGAGCGUCGAGCAAUUGCCUUCUACAGAUGUGGCAAAAUGUUCUGAAACAGUUGCUACUACCAAGGAUUCAUUUGUUUAUGGCUUUAUGGAUCUUUUCAGUGGUUAUGAAGAGUCAUGGAGUGGGGGUGAGCUGAGCUCUUCAGUGGUUUCCCGUGCUUUUUCCAGAUCCAAGCAAGUAUAUGAAGGUGUAGAAAAGAACUUUAAACCAAAAGAAAAGAGCACCAGGGAGGAUAGCCAACAUGCUGAAGUAGUUUCAACUCUAGCCAAAUUGGAGUCUGUUAAAGAAGUGGAUGAAAAGGUUCUACCAACAACCUUUUUGAGUAAAUCCCUAUCAGAUGACUUGGCUAGGUCCAGUUCUGAUACAGAGAAAGACAAGGAGGAUACUGUGGACGAUUCUGAAGGAUCCUUCUCUUCCUUUGAUGACAUUGAUGAUCAAGAAACCGGGUCUUCGAAGUCCUCAUACGCGUCUUCGAGGGAUGGUCAAACAUCUCAAAGUAUCAAAAGUGAUCUUAUCAUGGCUCAUCUUCUCCGUCUGGCUUGUGGCUCUACUGGCCCGCUUGCAAAGGCUUUGCCAAAAGUAGCAUCUGAGUUGUAUAGUCUGGGAAUUAUAUCAGAAUGGACACGGGAUGUAGCCACUAACUCACCUACUCUCUACAACAAGACUUUUGAUCAUGUUUUUCAUCAGCAUAUGGUUACUUCAGAUAUAUCUGAGUUUUGGGAGCCAGUGUCAGAUUUGGGGGGGCAGGAUUCAUCUCUCCAAAAUUCUCGGUACCUUAAUGACUUUGAGGAGCUACAAUCACUCGGUCAUGGCGGGUUUGGCCAUGUUGUCUUGUGCAAAAACAAGCUUGAUGGGAGGCAGUAUGCUCUUAAAAUGAUUCGUCUAAAGGACAAAAGUCUACCUGUUAAUGAUCGCAUACUGAGGGAAGUGGCAACACUCGCUCGUUUGCAGCAUCAACAUGUUGUUCGUUAUUAUCAGGCAUGGAUUGAAACAGGAGUUGCCGGACAUCUGGAAGACAACAUGUCUGGUUCAAAGACUGGAAGAAGCUUCAGCUUCAGUUGCAAUGCUGGUAGUUUUUCUGACAUUGUUGGGCAAGAAGAUAUGUUAGAGUCGCCUUAUCUUUACAUCCAAAUGGAAUAUUGCCCCAGGACUCUCCGUGAACUGUUUGAUUCAUACCGUCAUUUUGACAAGGACUUAGCUUGGCAUUUGUUUCGCCAAAUUGUCGAAGGUUUGGCACACAUACAUGGACAAGGAAUCAUCCAUCGUGACUUGACGCCAAAUAACAUAUUCUUUGAUGCUCGCAAUGACAUUAAAAUUGGUGAUUUUGGCCUUGCCAAGUUCUUGAAGCUUGAACAGCUAGAACAAGACAUAGUUUUUCCUUCAGAUGCGCCAGGUGUUUCAAUUGAUGGUACUGGUCAAAUAGGUACAUAUUUCUACACUGCGCCAGAAAUUGAGCAAGGAUGGCCGAAGAUUGAUGAGAAGGCGGAUAUGUAUAGUUUAGGAGUUGUUUUUUUCGAAUUAUGGCAUCCGUUUGGAACUGCAAUGGAGAGGCACGUUGUUCUUUCAGAUCUGAAGCAGAAAGGGGAGCUUCCUGCAGCCUGGGUUGCUGAGUUCUCAGAGCAAGCCUCCUUGUUACGACGACUCCUGUCUUCUAUCCCUGCUGACCGUCCAUCUGCUACCGAACUACUUCAAGACGCAUUUCCACCACGCAUGGAGUAUGAACUCUUAGACAGCUUUCUACGAACAAUGCAGACCUCAGAGGAUACAAGUGUUUAUGACAAAGUUGUGGGUGCUGUCUUUAAUGAAGAAAUGUUAGCCUCCAGAAGUAGUCACCAUCAACACUCAGUGGGAGAUGCCCAAUAUUCAGACGUAGAAACAGAACUUCAUGAUUGUGUAGUAGAUGCAAGUAGGGAAGUGUUUAAACGGCAUUGUGCAAAGCAUUUGAAGCUCAAAACAUUACGUUUGAUGGAUGAUUUUGCAGUGUCAGGCAGAAAUACUGCUAUAAAGCUUCUAUCUCAAGGUGGAGACAUGGUUGUGCUUUCUCAUGAGUUACGCAUGCCCUUUGUUAAAUGGGCGGUUGUAAACCAGAAAUCGUCUUUCAAAAGAUAUGAGAUAUCAUCAGUUUACAGAAGAGCAAUUGGUCAUUCACCCCCAAAUGUCUACCUUCAGGGUGAUUUUGAUAUAAUAGGAGGUGUUUCACCUCUGACAGAAGCUGAAAUUAUCAAGGCAACGAUCGAUAUUUUGAUGCAGUUUUUCAACCCAGACUCGUUGUAUAUUCAUUUGAGUCAUGGUAAUCUAUUGGAUGCUAUGUGGUCUUGGGCAGGAAUCAAGGCUCAACACCGGCAGAAAGUAGCUGAGAUCUUAUCUAUGCUGGGUUGUCUGCCUCCUCAAUCCUCUGAACGGAAAUCCAAAUGGGUAUUAAUCAGGCGUCAACUUCUUCAGGAACUUCACCUGGCUGAAGAAGCUGUUGAUAGAUUGCAGGCUGUAGGCCAGAGAUUCUGCGGAGAUGCAGACCAGACUCUGCCCAGAUUGAGAGGAGCUCUUCCAGCAGAUAAACCUAUACGCAAGGCACUUGAUGAGCUGUCUGACCUCUUGAGCUAUCUCAGAGUAUUGAAAAUCGAAAAGCAUAUAUACAUAGAUUCCCUUAUGCCACCGACUGAAUACUACCACAGAGAUAUGUUUUUUCAGGUAUACUUGAGAAAUGAGUCUCCUGGAUCACCAAUUGAUGGAACCUUACUGGCUGUAGGUGGUCGGUAUGACUAUUUGCUGCAUCAGAUUUGGGAGCGUGAACAUAGAUCAUCUCAGAGAUCAUCUCCACCUGGUGCUGUUGGGACCAGUCUUGCACUGGAAACAAUUAUUCAACAUUCUUGUGUGCAUAUCAAGCCUAUCAGAAGUGAGGCUUAUGCAAGUGUUCUGGUAUGCUCAAAGGGAGGUGGGGGUUUAUUGGAAGAGCGCAUGGAGAUUGUGGUAGAACUAUGGGAAGCCAAUAUCAAGGCAGAGUAUGUGCCUUCAUCUGAUCCAAGCUUUACCGAGCAAUAUGAAUAUGCAAACGAGCAUGAUAUCAAGUGGCUUGUCGUAAUUACUGAUUCUGGAGUUUCUCAAAAAGAUACUGUAAAGGUCCGUCAUCUCGAACUCAAGAAGGAGAAAGAAGUUGAAAGAGAACAUCUUGUCAGAUUUCUUUUGAACGCAAUGACAUCUCAAUUUAGGAGUCUUUCAGGUUUCUUUUGAAGUAUGCCGAUCACUGUCCAUUCCCAGUAGUUAUCAACAUGGGAGUUGAGACUGUUCGGAAUGAGCUAAAGGUCAUGCUCGCCUCUUUGCGCUGCUAAAGAUUGUACUCCGGUGGACAUUUCUGAGCUUCGUAACAAUAGCAAUUUUUACCUUCAUACCAUGUUGCGCAUCUGCUACAAAUUUUGACAAUGAAUUCAAUAGGUUUCGUACUGGUUACAAUUUCUCUAUUCAUUUAUACUUGUAAAUAUGCGUUCAAUCGUUCAUCAAGCAAUGUACUAUAUAUAGUCACAGACUUCCAGGUUCUUAAGAAAUCACUGUGAAUAUUAUAUUUUUCAAAAAAGGGUUCUCAGUUUAUACUGCCA